AUGGAUGCUCCAACCUUGCCCAGUAAAUGUCCUGGGUACAAUAUCUACAUCGAUGGGUUUCAAGCUUUGCGUCGGCCCCAAGUUCUUCAAGCAUGCAACAUCACCCAUGUUGUUUCUGUUAUUGAUUGGAAAUUCAAACCAGGCUGGGACCCGCUACGUGGAGUUCAGCAUCUGCAUAUCCCCCUGGACGAUGUCUACGACUCCAACAUCCUAGAAUAUUUCCCUCGGAGCAAUGCCUUCAUUCACGAAGGCCUGAAUUACCGGUCCACCAAAUCUUCUGAAGGACUUCGUGAAAGCGGAGUUCUCGUACAUUGUGCUAUGGGCGUUUCCAGGUCAGCCACCGUUGUUCUAGCCUAUCUGAUGUGGAUAUCACGUCAACCCAGAACCAUUCAACAACCAGAGAAGGAAUCAUCAUCAGGAAACGAGGGAAAUGAUGACUCUACUCCGGAGAUGAUCUCUCUUCCACCUACGCCUCUAACGGUUGAUUCUGCCCUGGCCCUUCUUCGCGAAGGACGGCCCCACGUCGAACCCAAUUCUGGAUUUAUCAAGCAGCUGCGCAUGUACGAAGCAAUGAAUUGUCCCACCACUCAGGAACAACUAGAAUCACAAAAGAUAUACCGCCGCUGGAUUAAUUCCCGCAAUGUGAUGGAUGCGCUGAGCUCAAAUCGCGCCCCGGAGAUGGCCAACAUAACCUUCCGAGAUGAAGAAGACGACAGCGACGACGAGUCGAACUCGAAGAUCCAUGACCAAAUGGGAAGCCUCAGCUUGUCGGGUAGCGAUGCCGAGAUAACGAAUCCCGACAUAUCCAGCUCGUCCUCGCCAGAUGAUGCUGCAUCACCAGCAUCAGACAUGGAAUUGAAAUGUCGCAAAUGCCGUCGGCUUGUUGCCAAAUCAAAUUUCAUUAUUCCACACAAACCGCCUCCACAUCGUGAUCCGUCUGCUGGCGCGUCCUCUGAGGCAUGCGCACACAUCUUUCUACACCCCUUGUCCUGGAUGCGAAACACGCUGUCUCACGGCGACUUGGACGGGCGUUUGUCCUGUCCGAACCCGAGAUGCGGCGCGAACAUUGGCAAGUUUGCUUGGCAGGGCUUACGAUGCAGUUGUGGCGGGUGGGUGACACCAGGCUUCGGCAUUGCCAGAAGUAAGGUGGACGAGGCCCGUAGUAGCAGGAGGGGGGCAGGGCCGAAUGUGCAAGGUUCGCCUGUGCCGGGAAAUGCAAAUGCAGUGAGAUUGCCUCCUGGGAUGAGGAGAGCGAGUGAGAAUGGAAACCUGUGA